AUGCUCUGGAUCGACAAGCACUGCCCGAAGCAGCUCCACGAGCUGAACUCACACCGCGAUGUCAACGAACUGCUCAAGAAACUCGUCGAAAAGUCACAUGGCGAGCUGCCGCACCUCCUCUUCUACGGGCCUUCCGGGGCUGGCAAGAAGACACGCAUAAUGGCGACCUUGCGCGCCGUGUUCGGAGCGAGCAUAGACAAGGUGAAGACGGAGGUCGUUUCCAACGUAGACACCGCAAACAACGUAGUCGUGUGCCAAAGUGACCACCAUAUACAUAGUGAGUUAGUCGUUGAACAAUCUAAUCGUCGACCAGUACCGUGCACGGAGCUAGGUACCAAGGACAGAGUUAUCGUUCAGGACGUUAUCAAAAACCUGUCGGCAUCGCCUUCCGCAUCCAACUACUUCCUCAAGGGGCCUGCGUACAGAGUAUUCCUAUUCGAAGAUGCCGACGCGCUGUCGCUGCCAGCUCAGGCCGCGUUAAGGAGAACUAUGGAAACAUACAUCAGGAAUGCGCGUAUGUUCCUGCACGUGAAGCAGCUCUCACGGAUCAUACUGCCGCUGCGCAGCCGGUGCCUGUGCAUCCGGGUCGGCAGCCACACUAUCGCAGAGGUAGGAAAAUCGCCGCGUGAUGCUCAAUUAGUGCAGAUCGUCGAUGUGCUUCGUGAUAUCGCCAAAGCAGAGGGGCUCCCGCCCAAGCAGUCUUCGGACGAGGUCCUCCAAAGCAUUGCCAACUCCAGCGGACGUAACCUGAGACGGGCCAUACUCACGCUUGAAACGAUGGCGUUGGGCGGAUUCCCCGCGGCACCGGGAGAGUUCCUGAUGCCGUGGGAGCUCCAGGUGGCGAAGAUAGUCAACAAUGUGAUAGAAAACCAGUCGCCGUCCACUAUCAGCGCCCUCAGGCCGCAGGUAUACGAGCUCCUGGUAUGCUGCAUACCCGGCGAACUGGUGCUCGAGAAGUUAGUUAGCAUGAUGUCGAAGCGAGUCAAGCCGGAACUCGUCCCAAAGCUUAUCCACAUUGCCGCGCAUUUCUCCCACACCAUGCAGCAGGGGUCACGACACAUAUGGCACAUCGAGGCCUGCAUCGUGCAGUUCAUGGCGCUGCUGGCGGGCAAGGGAUCUGAUAUAUGA